CGGUGCGCGCUGAGUGCGGCUGCGCCGGCCGGUAGCUGCAGCUGGAGCGGUGGCGUUUGGUGGAGACUCGAUGGAAGCAUCCUUUUUCCUGCCAAGCUGACAGGCUUCAAAGUAAACUGGAUGGCUUCUACAGGGAGCCAGGUCUCUGAUAUAGACAAGAUUCUUGGAUACUUCAGUGAUGGCGCACCCCCCACCAAAAAGCCCAGGAAGCUGCUUCCAAGCCUAAAAACUAAGAAGCCUCGGGAACUUGUGCUGGUGAUCGGAACAGGCAUUAGUGCCGCGGUUGCACCACAGGUUCCAGCCCUGAAGUCCUGGAAGGGCUUAAUUCAGGCCUUACUGGAUGCCGCCAUUGACUUUGAUCUUCUAGAAGAUGAGGAGAGCAGAAAAUUUCAGAAAUGUCUCCAUGAAGACAAAAACCUUGUCCACGUUGCCCAUGACCUUAUCCAGAAACUCUCUCCUCGAACUAGUAAUGUUCGAUCCACAUUUUUCAAGGACUGUUUAUAUGAAGUAUUUGAUGAUUUGGAGUCAAAGAUGGAAGAUUCUGGAAAACAGCUCCUUCAGUCAGUUCUCCACCUGAUGGAAAAUGGAGCCCUGGUAUUAACUACAAAUUUUGAUAAUCUGCUGGAACUGUAUGCAGCAGAUCAGGGAAAACAACUCGAAUCCCUUGACCUUACUGAUGAGAAAAAGGUUCUAGAGUGGGCUCAGGAGAAGCGGAAGCUGAGCGUCUUACACAUCCAUGGGGUCUACACCAAUCCUAGUGGCAUUGUCCUCCAUCCAGCUGGGUAUCAGAAUGUGCUCAGGAACACUGAAGUUAUGAGAGAGAUUCAGAAACUCUAUGAAAACAAGUCAUUUCUUUUCCUGGGAUGUGGCUGGACUGUGGAUGACACCACUUUCCAAGCCCUUUUUCUGGAGGCUGUGAAGCAUAAAUCUGACUUAGAACAUUUCAUGCUGGUUCGGAGAGGAGAUGUGGAUGAAUUCAAGAAGCUUCGAGAAAACAUGCUGGACAAAGGAAUUAAGGUCAUCUCCUAUGGAAAUGAAUAUGCUGAUCUCCCAGAAUAUUUCAAGCGACUGACAUGUGAGAUCUCCACGAGGGGUAGAUCAGGGAUGGUGAGAGAAGGUCAGCUAAAUGGCUCUUCGGCGGCACACAGUGAAAUAAGAGACUGUAGAACAUGAGAGGGGGCUGGAGAGAUCAUCAGCAUUAGACCAAGGUGUCAGGCCCGACUGUGGAGAGUAUUUAACAAGUAAACUUACAAGAACCCAACACUGCUCCGUGGAAGUACCAAAACCGAGAGGUUGAAGGUUGGGGGUAGAGUUGGGAGUAGGGGGGGGUGUUCCAGCUCAGUCCUUCAUGCCCACUGGUUCU